AGAAGUAAGGCAAAAUGUCCUGAUUGUAAGAACAAUCAAUCAAUAGAAUAGCUUGCCUCCUGGAUUUGUGGGUGCUCCAUCACUGGAAGUUUUCAAAAAUAAACUGGACAACCACUUGACCAGAAUGUUACAAGAUCUCCUACCCUGAGCAGUGGGUUGGAUUAGAAGACCUCUGAGGUCUUCCAGUCCUGUGAUUCUAUGUUGAGAUAUGCAGAACAGAAGAAACAGUUCUUUGUAGCAAUGCCACCCAUUAAUUACCAAUUGUAAUUAGAAAUUACAAUGCCCCGUUGGCUUAAGCCAAUCGGGACUAUCUCUUGCUUCAUCAAAGAAGUGUUGAAGCUGCAGGUGGAGUUCUGCAUGAGAUCCACCGAGGAAUCAAAAAGCUCUCGGAAGAAGCAUGGACCGGUCACUUCAGGCAGAGCAAGGACAAGACCAAGCAGGAGAAGAAGCAGAAGCAGAGAGAAGCAUCGGUGUGGAACUUCUCUCCUCCAGCUUGCAGAUCCAACUCAGGAUCUGAACUACAUCUCCCCACUCCAGGCAGACCAUUGAUUUUUUUUGCAACAUGUCGGUGUUGAUGCUCAUCCUAUUCUCAGCUUUCUCUUUUGCGGUCGCCUUCACCUUCCUGGAUGCUUGGUAUCUAAUCUACUUUAUCAUCAUAUACCUUCGUUACAGAUUGGCAGACCCCAAAAUCAAAGUGCUGGAAGAAGGACUAAGGUACAGCUGGGUUUUGCCUUCCGAUCUGGACAUGUUGGGCCACAUGAAUAACAGCCGCUAUGCCCGGGAGGCUGAUUUUGCCCGAUAUCUGUACAUGUUCCAAUGUAGGCUGUUGCAGACCAUCUGGAACUGUAAGUACACCACAGUGCUGGUGGCCUCCUCUUGGCGUUUCCGGCGGUCUUUGAAACUGGGGGAACACUUUGCCAUCCGGACACGCAUGUUAGGCUGGGACGACCAUUCUUUUUACCUGGAGCAACAGUUUAUCAGUUGCCAAGAUGGGUUCGUUUGUGCCGUUUUGCUGGCUCGCCAUCACGUGACCGGCAUAUCUCCAAGCAAAGUCCUCCAGAUUCUUUACGGGAGGCAGGUAGACUCUCCUGAAAUCCCCGAAGAUGUCCACUACUGGCUGAAAAGUAACCAAAUCAACAGCGAAAGAGUAAAGAAGGAACUCCAGCAAAUUAACAAAAACAAGUAGAAGGUUUCUUCAGAUCUGCUGAUGGGCCAUCUUCAGAAAUGGUUGGGCAACCUGUUCUUCUGUAUAAAGCCAAAGAGAUGUUAUUCAUAACCGUAUCUAGUGUUUGUCAUGAGUAUCCAAGGGAUUGGGGAGGGGGCAGGAGGGUCAAGUACACCCACCAUGAUCACACUAUGCAAAGACGGACACAAACUACAUAAUUUACAUCGUUUGAGAAAGGACACUGAUGGACUUCCUCAUCGUGGUUUCUACCAGAUGCCGCCAUAUUCUGUGGACUGAAAGAACAGCAGGAUCAGCCCUAACGAAUGGAAGGCUAUAGCUCUGAAGAAAAACAAAAGGAACUUUUGAUCUGAUACCUAUAGAAGGUUUAAUUAGAUUUGAAACUUGCAAAGACACCUCACUGGAUCAGUUGGUGCCAACAUCAUUCCUAGGAUGAAGCCCGGGACUGUGUCCUCAUCUUACCGCGUUUCCAAACGCUAAUUUCAUAGAAGGGCAAGUUGCAUAAAUUGUGGUUAGAACUUUCAUCAGAGUUUUUGCAACGCCGUUCUGCAAUCAGAGCCGUUGUGCAACGUUGCCUGCAGAGGCAGCCAAUACGCACAUUUUAAAAGUGGUCACCUUAACCUGCCCAAGUUAGGAGCAGUUGAGUUUGAGGCCUGCUUGGGAGAUCGUGGGGUUAAUUGUGCAGGAUCCAAUCUGGGUCGGUUGCUGGGACCAGAUGGUUUAGUCUCCUGAGCUUAGAGACGCACGCUGGAGCCCAUCCUCAAGGAACUUCCUUCUAGCAGAGUGUGUGCUGCUCUCUGUGUGGUAUUUAUAUGGUGUAUGUGGAUUUUUAGACGUUGAUUGAUGUGUGUUUAUGGCUGGCUUUUAAGUGGUUGGCUGUCAUUCGCUUGUGCUGCCCAGCCCCCAUCUUCUAAGUAUUUGAUAAGCUGGUGGUAAAUCAGUACUCCUAUUGCCCUUCAAGGGGCCCAUUUCCCAGGCUUCAAUCACUUCCCCUGGCUGCUUUUGUGCCUGCUCGACCAACAAUCUUAGUAGCUUAUUGCCCCAUCAAUAUGUUCCUCCUUUGAAGCCCAGUUGAAAUAAUUUCCCUGUCUGUUUUUGUACCUGCUUGGCCAACAAUCUUAGUAGCUUAUUGCCCCAUCAAUAUGUUCCUCCUUUGAAAGCCCAGUUGAAUUAAUUUCCCUGGCUGUUUUUCUGCCUGCUCGGCCAACAAACUUAGUAGCUGCAAAAUUGAAUGUGUGUCCAUGCUCAUUGUCUCCUUGUCUGACUCUUCGAGGAGACAUAAACUCAUUAGUAGCCUCACACAGCAAUGAACAAGGAAACGUUCAAUUUUGCAGCUACUGAGAUUGUUGGCCAAGCAGGCACAAAAAAAGCUAGGGAAAUUACUUCAACUGGGCUUUCAAAGGAGGAACAUAUUGAUGGGGCAAUAAGCUACUAAGAUUGUUGGCCGAGCAGGCACAAAAAACAGCUGAGGAAGUGAUUGAAGCCUGGGAAAUGGGCCCCUUGAAGGGCAAUAGGAGUACUGAUUUACCACCAGCUUAUCCAGCACUUAGAAGGCGAGGGCCAGGCAACACAAGCAAAUGACAGUCAACCGCUUAAUAGCCAGUCAUCAAUACACCCAAUGAACAUCUAAAAAUCCACAUACAACAGGCACCAUAUAAAUAUCACACACAGAACAACACACACACUCUGUUAGAGAGAAGUUCCCUGGAGAUGGGCUCCAGCAGAAUCUGAAAGCUCAGAAGACAAAACCAACCCAGAUUGGAUCUUGCAACAUUAUCCUGGGACGUGUAUAUUUGCUUUUAUUCGUGGGGUUCAAUGUGUUGCUUUGCAACCAUCAAGGUCUAUACUGUGUUGACAAAUCAAAACAUAAUAAAGAUUCUCUGGAAAUUUUCAUGUGUGUGUCUUUGAAACUCAGGAUACCAAGUAUGUCUUCAAAAAUUCAGUCUUGCCCAAGCCUAUACAAGUAGUUCUCAUCUGACAACCACAACUGGGGGCCAGAAUUUCCAUUGCUAAGUACAACGGAUAUUAAGUGGGUCAUAUCCAAUUUUGUAACCCCUUUUUUUCCAAAGAAAUCAUUGCGGUUGUUAAGGGGAUGAAGCAUUAGCUCCUGUUGACUUUGCUUGUGCUUAUAACCACAAUUGACUGCCCCACAUUUCCGCUGAUAAGCCAGACAGUUUUUAAGCCAGUUGUACCCCAUUUUACAACCUUUCUUGGUGCAGUUGUUAAAGCGAUCC